GUCCAGGCACCGAGCGCCAGCUCGACCCCCGCCUCCGUGGGCGGUAUGGGCGCUCUCAAGCCUGUCAGCACAGGUAGCUCAGUGGCUAAGAAGCCUGCGGGUGGCGAUGCGUUUGGUGCCCUGUGGGCGAACGCGAGCGGAUCCGGCAACAAGAAAGCGACCACCACUGCGGGGCCUGCUUUGGGUCAGCUGGCGAAGGAGAAGAGCAGUGCCGGGAUCUGGGGAGCACCAGCCACCUCCUCGAAGCCAAUGGGUGGUAGCCAGCCUACCACAAGCGGCAGCUCGGGUCUGGACGACCUGCUGGGCUAAAAUGCUUUGUCAUUCCCCGACAGCAGAGAUGUAGUCGGCAUCAAGCUAGACACGGACCUGCUGAUGCAUGCCAAAACAUCCCGUAGUAUUUCGGAGGUUCUCAGAACUUCAUGGUGUGAGAAUGGGUUGCCAGCGUAGGCAGAAGUCCUCAUUCGGAUCCUACUGGCAACUGGUGAUGAGGAUUAGUCAAGAAUUCUUACGAGGGUGACAGAUAUACACAAUGGUAAUGCGAACAGGUGCGAAAACACACCUGGGGUCACAUCGGGUGGCGGGAAAGAAGUAAGGAAGUCUGAUUGUGCAUUUACGAGACGAGCUCAUUUGUAUCGCCAACCUAGACAUGCGAAGCUUGGAUGGAGUAGGGCGUACAAAAUUGACUUUUCUUGGCUGUCUCUUAUAUUUGUCUUUGACUCCGCGAGAAUACCUAUACUACUCUUCCGAUGC